AUGGCAAGAUGGUGGUGGCGCGUCUGGCGGCUGCUCGCGGGGACGAGACAUGCGCCCUGUCCUCGCCUCCCUCGCGCCCGGCCCGCCGCUCGCCUUGGCGCGCACACACCGGCACUGCGCCGCGGCCCGCGCCCCUCCCCGCGCGCCCCCUGCUCCCGGCGCGCCCCUCCCCGCGCGCCGCGCGCCCACUCCCCCCUCUCGUCUUCUCCCCGCUCGCCUAGGCACCUGCUCCGGGGAGGGGCACCCCCUACGCCCCUCUCUGCGCUGCUCGGCCGCGCUCGGCGGGAGUGGGGCGGGGUGGGGGGGGGGCCGCUGGCCCGGGUCCGCCAGCCCGGAGCAGGGGCUCCGGCACUUAGCAGCGCCCCCGGCCCCUGGCCCCCUGCAGCAUGCCCGCAGGCUCGCGGGGAGGACGGCCGGCCUCCCUCCCCGACAGCCCUCGCCCUUCUCGCAGCCUCGCCCUCUGCUGCCAGCGGGCCGCGCGCGGGGGACUCCGGUCCUGGCUGCAGCCGAGAUUUCUCACCAGCCAGCGGCCCGGGAAUCUGGAGAGCCCAGCCAGGACUGCGGGAGAUGCACCAAAUGGGAAAGACUUUUGGAGCCGGUGAGCAAGGAAGGGAAGGAGAGGCUGGGGCACCUUUUGUGUCUUCAUGAAUAACAAUGAUCAUCAACAGAGCUCAAGAGAAAAUAAUGAGGAAUUAAAAUGUGGCUAAUAACAGCAGAGUCCACACCUUCACUUUUCAGUCCUGGGGGUCUGGUCCUCUGACCCAUUUUACAAUUAUGACACGUGAUAUACCUCCUACUAUAGGGAACGUACUCUCUUUGGAGCACUGGCAAAGGCUGAGGUAAAAGAUCCUGCUCCAUCACAGUGAAAAAUUCGGAGGAUUGUUACCAGCUGGGAAUACCAAAACCAAAGUGUAUAUGCACACUUGAUUUUAUCGCUUUCGUGCUGUUUCAACGAAACAGUUUCACGAGUUUUCAGAACUGCAAUUUCCUAAUAUAUUAAAUGAAGGUAUCAUACUGGAAGAUGUCUAAGAUUCCUGACAAAUUCCCGAAUCUCUGACCCUGUGAAGUCAACUUGGCCAGCAUUUGGGCAGGCGGUUCCACUGCGGGGAAGAGCCUGGUGCUGUGGAGAAUCCACAGACAAACGAGCCACAACCUAUGGUCAAAACACUCACGCGGCGUCAGAAUAUGAGCGCAGAGAACACAGAGUCAGCGAAGCAAGGAGCACAGGACUGUAUCGGGAGGCUUUCUGCAGAUUUUCCAAUGAGAAGAGAUACAUACAGAGAGAUGGAUAUAGCUUAAUGGCAGAAAAAGAAUCUGAGGGUGUAAAGCACACUGUGUUGAGCUGUUUUAGGUACAAACUUGGGAGGGGAGAGGUUGGUAAGAACAUAAAGUCAGGUUGGACCAUUUAUGGGGCAUUCCAAAUGAGGUGCUUGGGAUAUUGAACCUUGUCUGUGGGGAACUGCCUCAUAUACAUAUGUGUGUGUGUGUGUGUAUAUGGAUAUAUAUUAUAUAUA